AUGGUGACUGGUCCUAUGCUUGGGCGAAGGCCACCUGGAUACCGUCAGCCUGACAGUGCACAGCGAAUCCGCCAGUCUCGACCGUCGGGCUGGUUCCCGGCCUAUCACACAGCGUACGACAAUCGCGAGCUUUUCGAACGCGCGGUGGACUCGAGGUUCGAGUUGACGCUGCGUUGCAGCCAGAUGAAUGCGGCGCUUACGCUGCGGCUUGCCGAGGAAGCCGUGCUGCCGUACAACGUGUCCGAAAUGGCAAACGAGCUGCGAGCGGCUGUCGACGGGGUGGAGCGAAGUAUCGUCCAUGAGUUGAGCAAGCACAACAUCUCGCUCGACUGGCUGAUCAGCGAAACGAAGAAAUUUCAGCAACGGGCCCAGAAUUUUUGGUCAUGGCUGGACAAACGCAAGCAGCUCGACAAACCCACCUUGCGCAUGGUCAACGAGAGACUCGUGCUCAUUGAACGCGCGUUCAUAAAGCGGGAGGGACUGCUGGGAAAGCCGAACGUCAGGAACAUGGCUUUCGGCGCGGAUCCGGAAGACGCGUUUGCCGGAAAGGCGUUCGCCUUCCUUCACGAGCAUGCGUACCGCGCCCGAAGACAGCGAGACCCGAGUCGUGCCAUAAGGGCCUGGAAGCAGGCCCACGUUGAUCUGUCACACCUCGUGCUCGCAGUGCGCAUGUGCAACCAGCUACUGGACCUGGACAAGCCCAUCUAAGCGCUGUUUCCG